CUGGCUACAAACAGGAGCGUCGAGGAGUAGCAGAGCGGGAGCUUAGCUGUUGCUUGUGAUCUGCGAAGUGUUUGAGUAAAGUGCGGCCUGUUAUUGUAGGUGUUUUGUGCAUACAAGUUCGAUCUUAUUGAGUGUUAAAUAGUUUGACUAUAUAGCAAGAUGGGACCGAAGAAGAAACAGCCAAAGAAUGCAUUCUAUUUUUUUGUUAUGGAGUUCAAAGACCAAAUGGCAAGGAAGGGUGUCAUCUAUCCUAAUCACAAGGAAGCAUUUGAUGCUGCUGGUCCUGAGUGGCAGCGUCUGAGUAAAGAUCAGAGGAACAGAUAUGAAUCAAUUGCUAAGGAAUACAAAUUAGCUGAACAGCAGACAGUACAUAAGUAUACUACAACGGGGAAAACAUUUGAGCAAGUGGAUCAAGAAAUACAGGAGAGACAAGCAGCACAAGCAAGGAUGGAGACAGAAAUAAAAACAACUGUUGCUGUUUUGGAUAAAAAAGGUCUUCAGACAAAGAUAUUUUACUUCAUGCACGUUAAUUAUUACUGUAGAGUCGAAGAAAAGCAGUUCAUACCAUGUGAACUCGCAAUAUGUCAAUUUAAUUUUGCACUGGGAGCUUUUAAUUUCUACCAUACACUCAUCAACCCAGGUGAGCUUCCACUGGGCUAUGCUUUUGAGGCAAAGAAAAGAUCGGAUGAAACUCACCAGAUUCCACUCCCUCCACCAUCAUCUGCAGAGAAAAACUAUUCAAAAAUUCUUCUUAAUGUAGUGAAAUUUAUGAAGGAUGAUGUUGAAGAUGGGAAAUUUCCACCAAUUUACACUUACGGUACUGAUGGCACUUCCGAAGCAGUGAAAGAUGUUUUAGAUGCUCUGUGUGAAUACGAAGCUAUGCAAGAAUAUCCCAAAGUUCAAGUACCAGAGAAUUUCAGAGUUUAUCCAUUACCAAAACUCUUCUUUGAACUAAGAAACAAAGCAGGAGAUUUCGCAAACAGGUCUAGCAAAGCAUUUCCUGUUGAGAGCUUGGCAGCCAGAGAGCUUGAGAAAAACUUGUAUAGCUUCACACCAGGCAUUUGCUGUGAGAUGCAUGAUGGUACUGAUGCCAGCCAGUACUGCAGUCUCUCUCUUGUUCGAAGGUGGAGCUUCAUAAUUUCAGAUCACUGCUGUAAAGAUUUAGGUAUUGAAUUGGCACCAGGACAGCAUAUUCCACCACCCAUUACUCAGCAACAACCACGCCGCACUCAAGCUCAGAUAAUGCCUGAGAAAGAUGACAAGAAAUCACCGGAUCCUAUAGUUCCCUCCAUCAUUGAUUACUCAAAAAUUAGGUCAAGGUCAAGCUCGUCGCGUCAGCUAAUACCGGAUGAAGAGGAAAAGAAACAUGUGGAGCCCAUUAUUCCAACCAUCAUUGAUUACUCUCAAUCCAAAAUGACUCGUGCUUCUGCUGUAGCGUCUUCUGCUGCUUCAGAGAAGAUUGAAUCUUGUCCUAUUGGCAGAGGAAGAACUAUCGCACCAAACUUUAGUGGUGUUGUAAGAAGACCAAAAUCUGUUGGUCUGGCAAUGCAGCACAGCUCACCUCCAUCAAUUUUGUCUGAGAAAGAUUUUCCAGCAAUUGGAGGCAGUUCAAGUAGUAUUAGCAAGAGCAACAGCAACAGCAACACCAACAACAGCAGCAGCAGCAGCAGUGUCAGCAGUAGUAGCGGUCUUAUUUUAGGACAAACUCCACUGAAAGUUGCUGGUAGAGGCAGUUCUGUUGCAAGCUGGGGCAAUGUUCCAUCAAGAGGUCGUGGCUUGUGUACAUAUCCUAACAAGUAAGAAGUUCAAGGAAGAUAAUAUAUGUACUUACAUAAAUGGGUGUGUGUGUGUGUGACAGAAUUCGACUGAAUUCAGGAACACCGUGUAACUUGCAGAUCAGUAUGAAUUCUUUGUUGUUAGAGGUUGUGAUGUGUGCCAACCCUUUUUCUGUUUAUAAGGCACAUAUAAUUUCUGUUUGAAGAGUAAUAUUUAUUUCAUUUAAACUUCGAAACUUCAAGUGACAAAUCAGACACGUUCCACGAGGUGUAGAUUUAUUGAAUUUGACUAGUACCUUUCUUCUGGUGCAUAUGUAGUUAGUUAUUAUUUGUUAUGCUGCUGCUUUGGUAAGCACAUCUAAAUUUUGUUUGAUUCAGUAUUGUUUUCUCUUCUUAACAAUUUGCAACUCACAAUGCCUAUUUUAGGCAGUGAUUAAACUAUCAUCAUGCUUAAGGUUCCCUAUUUUACAAAGAAGAUAUGUUUGUUUUUGCUUUAAAUAUGUGACUGUAGCACACAGGCUGUGGUACUUAUAAAUUUCACUAAAUUCAGUGUACCUGUAAGUAACAGUUACCAAUGUGAAAGAUAAUUCGUGUACCUUGUCAUUCAACAGUACAAAGAUUUUAUACAUAUAGUGAUAAAAGAUUUUUUUUUUUUUCCUUUCGAAACCUUAUUUGGCUGCUUGAAGCAAUAAAUUGACUUUCUCAGAAAGAUAUAGUUCAACAAAUUUCACAAAUGAUGGGGCUUGUAAGUAUCUUUCUUCGUCUCAAUAACUUACAUUUAAAUAGUUGUACAUUUGGAGUCCAAAUAAAAGAAAAAUUUAAAGGUAUGAUAUGAUACAAAACAAAACGAUCGCAUAUGGCAUGUAAGAGACAACAUCCGUUGAAGGCAUUUCUGCACAGUCUUGCUUCACUGAAGCUAAACAAAUGAGUUUGAUGAUGGUGCCUCUUGAGCAGGGAUUAUUUAUUUAUUUUUAAAGCAGCUCGACGGUGCAACAUAUAACAUACAGGGUGUACAUAAAGUUUGGGAACACUUUCAAUUAUUUAUUGCACAAGAACCAAACAUUGUACAGAUAUCAUACAUAUAUAAUUUUGAAGAGAAACCCUGAAAGUUUUUUUUUUUUUUUUCCCAUGUAUACUGCCACUUUGUAGUUUGGUAAUUUGCCUGUAGUCAGCACUAGUCGCAAACAUGACGAGUUCAGGUGUAGAGCGAGCUUUCUGUAUGUUGGAGUUCGACAAAAAGAAGUGUGGUACAGCUGUUCUACAGAUGUAAGAAGCCACCAACAAGGAAGCCAUUUACCACUGGCACAACAAAUUCUUUAAGAUCAGUUGCUUGUGCCUGGCAAAGAGAAAUGGACAUGCCAGUGUGAGUGGAGUGAAUGUGAAGUGGGUACGAGAGACAUGGCUGAUGCCUCAAAUGCAAUUGGACUCUCCAUUCAUCUUUCAGCUGGAUGGGGCUCCACCCCAUUUUCAUCGUGAAGUUCAUGGGUACCAGAACAUGGAGCUGCUGCAUCGAUGGAUUGGUCGUGCUACAGGAGACAGCUAUUUCAUGAAAUGGCCUCCCCGAUCACCAGAUCUCACUCCCUGUGACUUUUUUCUGUGAGGACACAUCUAGUGUAUGUACCUCCUCUACCAUGUGAUGUAGCAGAGCUCCGGGAGAGAAUAUGGGAAGCGACUGCCACAGUCAACGGUGCCAUGCUGGGAUGGGUAAGGCAAGAAUUCGAUUAUCGUAUAUAUGUCUGCUGGGUCACUCAUGGUUCGCAUAUCGAAUGUUUGUAAAAAAAACUUUUAGGGUUUCUCUUCAAAAUGCAGUAUGUAUGACAACUGUACAGUGUUUAGUUCUUGUGCAAUAAAUAUCUGCAAGUGUUCCCGGACGAUAUGCACAGCCUAUAUUAUCAUAACUUAUUUUUCCUUAACAUGCUCGUAAUCUUUAACACAGGGCAUGCAGAACUAUUACUGAUUGUGUUAAAUGUUACUCCAGUUGCGUAAAGUAGUUUCACAACUAGAUUUGAUCUCUAGGCCAUUUCUGGGACGUCAGUGGCCAAAAUAGGAGACAUGCUUUGAUAAAUUAUUGACCACUUGACUCUUUCCUAAGCCCCAAAAUCCAUACAUGUUAUAAAAAUGUGUGUGUUUGUUUUCCGCAUUUCCUAAACCACCUGGUGUAUAUCAGCCAAACUUGGUGCACACACAUAUCUCAGUGUUGGGCAACAGUCACUGUGGGGGUUAGAAACAUCUACCUAUUUGUAAUUCAAGAGAUAUGUCAUAGACAGUGAGAAGCAUGAAAAACUGCCACAUCAUGCGUGGUAUUUAAUUUCAUGACUUCUCUGCUACUGACUGUUUUCAGACAGUAUCCAUAUAUGCCGCUGAAUGUACCUUUAAAAUUGUCUCAUUGUAUGACACACAGAUCACAAGAGAUGUCAUAAAAACUGAUAUGUGAUGUGUGAAAAAACGCUGCAUCAUGCCUGAAGUUUUUAUGCAUUUGUUAAGUAGGGUUUGUGUGUCCAAGGACAACCAGGAAAAACCUGGAAAUUUUUUAGAAUUACAGGAAUGUUCCAUACCUUUAGUUUUCACUUAAAUUUUUGUAAUUUUGAUGGUAAGGACUGAGAUAUACUUCAGCCCACUACUGGAGAAUAAUGCUGCAGCAAUAAAACAUAAGAGAAUAACAGUAAUUUAUUUGCCAAGAAAAUGCACCACUUACAACAAAACACAGUGCACACAGAAUCAUCUUUUGACAGCUAAAUGUGUCAAAGGCUUUAAGACAAAGACAUGCAAUACUUCCUAACUACAAACUACUUCCAAUGAACUUGACGUCACAACUCUUUACAUGAAGCUCGUUUGAGCAGUUGCGAGUGGGCUAACACGCAUAUGCAGAGCUGAAGUUAUAUAUUAGUGGUGUCUUUCCCACUUUUGGCUACUUGAAGCGCAGCUGUUACCUAUAUAAGCAGUAUAGCAGCAAGCAGCUAAAUGCUACUCAGAAAAAAUUUUCUGAGCGGUCCGAGUUGCAGUGGAGGGGUCUCCACAUGACCCGUUCUGACGUUUCACAAUUCUGGUGAUUUCUCUAUGAUUACAGCUCUCAUAUCAAAUAAGAGCAAAAUGUAUAGCUGGGGAUGGAAGAUAUCAAGUGAAUUGAAAUAUAUUUUCUUAAUUACAGAAGACUGAAAUACGUUAUAAGUUUAAGUUUUCUGGUUUUGUUUUAUUUCCACCUUAUUGACAGUCAAGUGUUAACCAUGCAGUGUAACAAUAAAGUUAUUAUUGUCAAUUCA